AAACUAUUUCCUCAUAAAUGAAAUUCAUGAGAAAAUUUAGAGAGAGUUAAUCAAUUAAAAAAAGGCUCAUUUCAUAAAUAUCUAUAAUAUGAAAAAUUAAGGUUAUCCAAGUCAAUUGAGAUUCAAUGAUCAACACAGCUAAGAUGAUGAUGCUCCAGGCUCUCAAGGACCAGACUGAGAAACUGCCAAAAUUGAUGAUUGUGCUUCUUAGUUUGUUAGCAUUUUGUGAUUUCGAGGCCCAAGCAACUGUUCAGCUGACUAAUGGCAGGUGCUCCUUCAGCCUAGAGGAGAUCUCACCUGAGCAGGAGUGCUGUGACAGUCACAAAAUUAAACAGCUCAUUGCAAGCCUUAAAACCAGGGUGGAUGCGCUGGAAUCAGACAAAUGGCGUCUGGUUUUCAAGGCCGUGGCAGGUGCAGGUGGUGACAUCUUUCAGCUGUGGAACUCCAACCAAGCUUUAAACGAGGAAAACCCCCAAGCCAAACAGCUGAAUGAUAAUUUGAAAGCACACUACAAGUCCUCAGCAGUCAACAACUGGACAAGUCAAAAUAUCAGAUAUGUGAAGGUUGCUCUUUAUCAGGCUGGUAUAGAACGCCUCACUCUGGUCUUUAAUGCCGUGGGAAGUGACAAGAUGACUUGGUUUACCAAAGACAAACUGAUCUCUUCUCCGUAUGCAGACAUUGAAACCGCUUCGAUUUCAGCAAGUGGCUACUACUUUAGUAUCCGAGGUGACAUAAGGUCAUAUUUGGCUCGUCAUUUUUUCAUCAACAAGUCCUAUAACGGCUGUGGUAAUGAUGUUGGCUGGUUGUCUGUUAUCAAUAGAGCAGGCUGUCCCUAUGAGGUAUUCUCCAGUUAUCCUGCCUUUAUCUUUGCACCAGGGCAUAUGGCCAUACGGUAUACAAAAGAAACUCUGGCACAUGCUGAUGUUUUUGCCAUCUUCACAGCAACAGAAUAACCAACUUGAAGUGAAGAACAGCAUCAAAUAACCCUGAUCUUUUCAGUUUAUUUGUGAGCCAUUUACGAUCAAUGCCACUUUCCACAUAAUUUAUGUAUUCUGACUUGAUCACUGAGAUAUUGGAAUCUUACCAAUAAAUAUAUAGAAUUAUAUUAAAGUCUUAUAAAAGUCUGAAAUAAAAUCAAACAUUUCAAUCUUUAAACUGAAACUUCAAGCAAUAUAUCACUGUCUGUCCACAGCAAAUAUGAUAGAGAGAGAGAGAGAGUCUUUAAUGUAGAAAUAUCCAAUUACAAGGGUAUGUCACUUCUGUUCCAGCACAUAUACUGUGUACUAGUGUUCUUUUCGUUUGGUAACAAAAAGGUUAUCAAACUAUGGGACAAAAUACUACUUUAAUUGCUCAAAAAUUCAAAUACCUCUUUUUCUUGUAAUUUAUUUUUA